GUUAUAAGAGUCUGCUGUGGUGGUGGUACGUAGGGCUACAAUUUUUAGACCCUCUGUAGUUUCGUUUCGUUUUUGGCUCUUCAGUUUCAGAAUGUCCUCCUUUCUGCGACCCAAUUCACCCUUCUUUGGUGCUCUGGGGACAGGUAUAUUCAUUGGAUUAGGUGGAACAAUUCUUUACUUGAAAAUAACUGGGACAUUUCUCCGCGAAAUCCAGCGGCUGUCUGCGUCCAUCAGUGAACUGAAACAAGAGGUGAAAGCACUCCAGCAACAGCUGGAAUCUGUAAAGAAGCGUCGACGUAGUCCAGGGUUCUAUUCUGUUCACGCUAGCAGUGGGGACGACGACGAUGAAAUGUUUGAAGACGCAUAUGGAGGGUCAGGAACUGUUAGUUCGCCAAGUGAUCCAGAGUUUGUAGAGUCCUUUCGGGAAUUAAAUGCGGAGGAUAUUGCACCAGGGCAGACAAAUAGACAACAGUCAGUCGAUGAACAGAAAGUCCAAGUUUACGAGCAAGUAGAUCAGCUUCUGGAGGGGGGAGAUGAUGACAAACAAAAUGCCUACACUCUUCUCCUUAAACACAAAUCACAGUUUCUGGGGGAUGCUGACUACCACUGGCGCCUGUCUAAGUGUACGUACCAGGUGGCCCAGAUAGAAGGCAGUGUAGGCAAUGAAGAUAAGAAAAAGGAAAUGGUGUACAGUGCAAAGGACAGUGCAGCCCAGGCCCUGACACUCAACGAAGAUUGUGCCAGUGCCCAUAAAUGGUUUGCAAUUACUGUGGGUAGCAUUGGAGAUUAUGAAGGAACACAGGCAAAAAUAAAAAAUGGAUAUGUAUUCAAGGAACAUAUUGAGCGAGCUAUACAAAUCAAGCCGGAUGAUCCCUCUAGUCACCACCUCCUGGGCCGUUGGUGUUUCGGAGUGUACAUGUUGUCCUGGAUUGAGAGGAAGGCAGCUGCUGCCCUCUAUGCUGCACCACCUACAUCAACCGCUGAUGAGGCUUUACUCAACUUUCAAGAGGCAGAACGACUGAACCCUGGAAAAUGGAAAGAAAAUAUGUUAUUUAUUGCAAAGUGCUACAUAGAACUAAGAAACUAUGUACAGGCUGUUGUCUGGUUAGAAAAGGCCGUCACCAUCCCAGUAGUUAGUCUAGAUGACAAAACCUCUCAGGUAGAAGUGGAGACAUUGCUGGCCAAGUACAGGCAAUAGUCCCAGCAUUCCAAAGUCUGCUGUACGAGAAGUAUGACAAGCAAGGACUCCAGGAUUUUUUGUUUGGCGGAUGACAAUACUGGUGUAGUUAGUAAAACAAUUAUGAAAUGCUCCUAGAUCAAACCUCUUACACAGUAUUUUGCUACAACAUUAGACUGUUUUAUGUGUUAAAGUUCUGGUGAUCUUCGCUUAAACUACAUGGUAUAGGCUUUACCAACGUGGUAUAGGCUUCACCUUCAUGGUAUAGGCUUCACCUACAUGGUAUAGGCUUCACCAACGUGGUAUAGGCUUCACCUUUGUGGUAUAGGCUUCACCUACAUGGUAAAGGCAUUACCUACAUGGUAUAGGCUUCACCUACAUGUUAUAAACUUCACCAACGUGGUAUAGGCUUCACCUUCAGGGUAUAAACUUUACCUACAUGGUAAAGGCAUUACCUACAUGGUAUAGGCUUCACCUUUGUGGUAUAGGCUUCAACUACAUGGUAAAGGCUUCACCCAUCUGGUAUAGGCUUCUCCUUCAUGGUAUAAAUUUUACAUACAUGGUAAAGGCAUUAUCUACAUGGUAUAGGCUUCACCUACUUGGUAUAAACUUUACCUACAUGGUAUAGGCUUCACCUUCAUGGUAUAGGAUUCACAUUUGUGGUAUAACAUUUUCUUACAUGGUAUAGCCUUCAUUUGUGUGGUAUAGGCUUAACCUUUGUGGUAUAUGCUUCACCUACAUGGUAUAAACUUUACCUACAUAAUAUAGACUCCAUUUAUCUAGGCUUCACCAACGUGGUAUAGGCAUCACCUUCAUGGUAUAGGCUUCAUUUACCUAGGCUUCACCAACUUGGUAGUAGGCCACACCUAUUCUUAUUAGAUCAAAGAUGGUCACUGCUGGUAAUCACCUUGUUUGAUAUGGCACAAAAUUGGCACAAAGUUCACCAGAACUUCAACCUCAUACCUGGAAGACUAACUGUUGCAGUAACAUGUUUAUGUAACUAUUGUUAUGAUUAAACAAAAUUCUGUAUAUCAAUCCAUCACUCCUGGUUACAGAACAUAUUUGACAUAUUUUGGGAUUACCAAAUUCCUUUCGAACAUUUUGCUCAAAUUUGGAAUUGACUUGCACAUGUACCACUACAUGCUAAAUUGAUUUUUUUGUACAGUAUGUCUAUAAUAUUCAGGCCAUAAACUACGCAUCUUAGCAAUCAAGUCCAUUAUACAUUGUUCAGUUAUACACGUUAAUUAUUUUUGGUCCGUUUCAAAUGUCUCAAACAGUCAUUUCUUGCCUUGAUAAAUUUACCUGUGAACAAAAUAUUGAUUGAAUGCUUUUAUUCAUCAAUUUGCUUCUAAUUAAAUUUGAAAUAAAAUUUGUUACUAUUAUAUGUGAAAUUGAUAAAACGUAUUGUUCUCCUAACUGUGGCUUGUUUCCUCACCAUUAUGGAUCAAUUUGAUGCCAUUUACCUGUUAAGACCUCAAUUGUACCUCUUAUUUUCAUGAAUUUGUUGCAAGAAAUAUGUGGAAAUGUUAAAAUGGUUGAAUGGGAACAAAUUGUUCAUAUCAAAUGAUUGCAUGUUUUAUUAAUUAGUACAGUAAUAAUAAAAACUGUGUACAUUGUAAUUAAGGAUCGCUGUCCAACUGCUAUAUGCAUUAAUCUCCGGGAUCCCUUUCAUUUUAUUUCGGAUAAAACAGCUGGGCCAGGACACUCCGUUGAUUUGGUAGCUCAGUUGAUGAGAGCGAUAGUAUACAGUCUGAAGCACAGAUUCAGUUCUAGCCUAGCUGAUUUUUUUCACUAAGAACACUGUUCACCCUUAUUAUUUUUUCAUAGUCAUGCAAAGUAUAGUUUUCUUUUCAGGAAUGAUUUAUCAAAGGUAGUCAUUCCCCCCCAAAAAAAUAAAAAAAUCCAAUGCAUAUUUACAAGGCAGUGGUACAGGGAUCUUUAUAUGAGAACCAUGAGCGUUUUGUGUUACUUGUUCGAGCAAUGAGCCAUGUUCAGUAUAUAUACAUUGUAUGUGUUCGAAGUGAGAAAUAUGUGUGUUAUAUAGUAAUGAGAAUUAUGUAGGGUUUAUGUCUUAAGUGUGAGAUCUUUGUAUAUCUGUUCGAAGUGAGAACUAUGUAUGUUAUAUAUAGUAGUGAGAAUUAUGUAGGCUCUCUGUGUUAAGUGUGAGAUCUUUGUACAUCUGUUAGAAGUGAGAACUAGGUAUAUUAUAUAGUAAUGAAAAUUAUGUAGGUUUCAUGUCUUAAGUGUGAGAUCUUUGUAUAUCUGUUUGAAGUGAGAACUAUGUAUGUUAUAUAUAGUAGUUAGAAUUAUGUAGGCUCUCUGUGUUAAGUGUGAGAUCUUUGUACAUCUGUUAGAAGUGAGAACUAUGUAUGUUAUAUAGUAAUGAGAAUUAUGUAUGUUCUUUGUGAUAGGUGUGAGAUCUUUGUACAUCUGUUAGAAGUGAGAACUAUGUAUGUUAUAUAGUAAUGAGAAUUAUGUAGGUUUUACGUCUUAAGUGUGAGAUCUUUGUAUAUCUGUUCGAAGUGAGAACUUUGUAUGUUAUAUAUGUAGUAGUGAGAAUUAUGUAUGUUCUCUGUGUUAGGUUCGAGAUCUUUGUACAUCUGUUAGAAGUGAGAACUAUAUAUGUAUGUUAUAUAGGAAUGAGAAUUAUGUAGGUUUUAUGUCUUAAGUGUGAGAUCUUUGUAUAUCUGUUUGAAGUGAGAACUAUGUAUGUUAUAUAUAGUAGUGAGAAUUAUGUAUGUUCUCUGUGUUAGGUGUGAGAUCUUUGUACAUCUGUUAGAAGUGAGAACUAUAUAUGUAUGUUAUAUAGGAAUGAGAAUUAUGUAGGUUUUAUGUCUUAAGUGUGAGAUCUUUGUAUAUCUGUUUGAAGUGAGAACUAUGUAUGUUAUAUAUAGUAGUGAGAAUUAUGUAUGUUCUCUGUGUUAGGUGUGAGAUCUUUGUACAUCUGUUAGAAGUGAGAACUAUAUAUGUAUGUUAUAUAGGAAUGAGAAUUAUGUAGGUUUUAUGUCUUAAGUGUGAGAUCUUUGUAUAUCUGUUUGAAGUGAGAACUAUGUAUGUUAUAUAUAGUAGUGAGACAUAUGUAGGUUCUCUUGUGUUAGGUGUGAGAUCUUUGUACAUCUGUUAGAAGUGAGAACUAUGUAUAUUAUAUAGUAGUGAAAAUUAUGUAGGUUUUACCGGGGUAUGUGUUAAAAAUGAGAUCUUUGUACAUCUGUUAGAAGUGAGAACUAUGUAUAUUAUAUAGUAGUGAAAAUUAUGUAGGUUUUACCGGGGUAUGUGUUAAAAAUGAGAUCUUUGUACAUCUGUUAGAAGUGAGAACUAUGUUUAUUAUUUAGUAAUGAGAAUUAUGUAGGUUUUAUGUCUUAAGUGUGAGAUCUUUGUAUAUCUGUUCGAAGUGAGAACUAUGUAUGUUAUAUAUAGUAGUUAGAAUUAUGUAGGCUCUCUGUGUUAAGUGUGAGAUCUUUGUACAUCUGUUAGAAGUGAGAACUAGGUAUAUUAUAUAAUAGUGAGAAUUAUGUAGGUUUUAAUGUCUUAAGUGCGAGAUCUUUGUAUAUCUGUUUGAAGUGAGAACUAUGUAUGUUAUAUAGUAGUGAGAAUUAUGUAGGUUUUAUGUCUUAAGUGUGAGAUCUUUGUAUAUUUGUUUUGAAGUGAGAACUAUGUAUAUUAUAUAGUAGUGAGAAUUAUGUAGGUUUUAUGUCUUAAGUGUGAGAUCUUUGUAUAUUUGUUUUGAAGUGAGAACUAUGUAUAUUAUAUAGUAGUGAGAAUUAUGUAGGUUUUAUGUCUUAAGUGUGAGAUCUUUGUAUAUUUGUUUUGAAGUGAGAACUAUGUAUAUUAUAUAGUAGUGAGAAUUAUGUAGGUUUUAUGUCUUAAGUGUGAGAUCUUUGUAUAUUUGUUUUGAAGUGAGAACUAUGUAUAUUAUAUAGUAGUGAGAAUUAUGUAGGUUUUAUGUCUUAAGUGUGAGAUCUUUGUAUAUUUGUUUUGAAGUGAGAACUAUGUAUAUUAUAUAUAGUAGUGAGAAUUAUGUAGGCUCUCUGUCUUAAGUGUGAGAUUUUUGUACAUCUGUUAGAAGUGAGAACUGUGUAUGUUAUAUAGUAGUGAGAAUUAUGUAGGUUUUACCGGGGUAUGUGUUAAAAAUGAGAUCUUUGUACAUCUGUUAGAAGUGAGAACUAUAUAGAUUUCAUAGUGUAUUAGAAUUGGAGGUGAUCAAUGAGAGAACCCAAUAUAGUAUGUCUGUGCCAUCAGAGCCAUACUUUAUUAUCUGGUUGGAUAUUCCAUUACCAGGUAUAUGUUUACUCUAUAGGACAACUAGAAAAUAUGUUCAACAGUUUGAAACUGCAUGUACAUUGCACACUUAUAUUAAAAAGAGGAAAAUGUUAAAAUAUAAAUGUAAUCAGGUAGAGAACAGGAUGUGUAAUUCCGUAAAGUCUCAGCAUGCUAUUUUGUAAAUUGUCAAUAGUGCAGGAUCCCUGAUUUACAAUAAGAUCAAUUGAUUGACAAACAUUAGUAUAAUAUUUCAAUAUUUAAGGAUUGAGAUGCAUCUAGUGUUAACUUUUAUGAUGGUAUGCAAUCAUUUAAAAAUAUUCCAUGAUGUGCAGUAACACUGUAAAAAUAUGUACUUACAAUGAAGAACACUAAAAUCUGUACUUCAUUGGAUAAACUUACAAUGUACUACAUGUACAUGGUAUAUAUAUAUUAUAAUGCACUACACUGUGCACUUACAAUGUAAUACACUAUAUAUAUACACCUACAAUGUGCUAUGUUAUACAUUUACAAUUCAUUUCAGUACAAUGCUUUACCAUUUAAAACAAGAGACCCAAGAGCUUUAGCGGUCACAUGAGUUAUAUCAUAGGUACUGGAAGCUUUAUUUUAUUGUUUAGAUGUGAUGUGGAAGGCAGCAUGUAAACUAAGUG